AUGAAAAUAAACCGUGCGGACUCUAUCUGUUUCAGAACCUACGAAAUAAACACAGUGAUACACAUAGAUGUAUUUAUAUAUAUAUAUAUAUAGCUUUGUAUACACAAGAAUAGGUGACGUGAUGGAGCCUUGACGUUUUGAGGCGGAGGGCUAAAAAUGGACAUCUAAUUCAUCAAACCUGGGUCGAUCGUUGACACUUGGGAACAUGCUUGCAAGCCCCUUUUUAAUGUGAAAAGAGGUGCAUCACCAUGGACGACUCGGACCAGGAUUUUGCAGACCUCUGCUCGAAGCUGCUGAAAAGAGUCCGUAAGAAACCUGCUGAAGCAAGACAACCCGCGAAAGUAGAAGCUCGGAGCUCCAGCCAAGCAAGCCAAGGAGACAAGAGGAGGAGAAAUAAUAGAAAUGGUGACUGUGGGUCCAAGUUGGCUGCUAGCCAACCCGUCAAUGCUCCAGCAGAGCAGCCUGUGGUCGGGGGGAGGACCGGGCUUGACUCGGGAGAGGCUGGACCCUCAGUCACAUACUCUGAAACGGUGGGAACAGCAGCGGUGCAGGGGAGCGGUGGAGGUCUACGAGCGAAAGACAAAGUCCUGCUGAAAAUGCAGCAGUUCAAGAGAGCCAGUCCACAGAGGAUGCUGCACGCAGACCGCUUCACUCCAGCCAACCACCACAGCGACCGGGCUCCUUUUGCACAGCAGCAAGGACGAGAUAAUCCAGAGACGCUCAGUUCUGGGGCUCGUCCAAAGACUCCAGACAGCGACGAGGUUCUGGCCCAGCGGCUGCAGCAGGAGCUGGACAGAGAGGCAGCACAGGCCCGGACAGGGGACUUGGAGGACAGAGGCCUUUUCUUCUGUCAAAUCUGUCACAGAGACUUAUCACACAUGAGCCCUAACGGACGCACACAGCACCUCAACAGGUGUUUAGAUGAGAGUGAAGACAGCGCCCCUGCCCGCCCUCCGCCUCCUGGCGUCCCCGAGUGUCCUAUCUGUGGAAAGAAGUUCAAGUCUCAGAAGAGCCGCUCGGCCCAUCUGAAGCGCUGCUCCGCGGAAAUGGGCGUCUCGUCGGCCGAGCUGCUGCAGGCUCUGCAGAGACAGGCUGUGGAGAGCCGCAGCACCGCAACUGCCAACCCACUCAUGCAAACUGCAGGCACGAAAAGGAAAGGCCCGUCUAAGCCGGCCCUCCCAGCGAGCAAGAAGCCCAGGAAGAAGACUAAGCCCAUGGAUGAAGAGACCAUGGUGGCUCUGGCUCUGUCCUCCUCGUUGCUUGAACAAGAGAGGAAGCAGCUGAGAGAGGAGGAGGAGGCAGAGAGACAAACAGAAGCUGCAGCUGCUCACACCUCCAUGACUUCCCUGCUGAAGUGGAGACCAGAUACAGGUAAGGGGCGUGGAAAGAGGAAAAAAGGGGCCGUCCCUCGUGCUCCUCCACUCCUCCUGGUCCAGGAUGCUGAAGUGGCCCUGAGGAGGCUGCAGGAUCGCGUCUCAGCUCUUCUCCUACUCAGCCCGCCGCCCUCUCCCCCUACCCCCACCCGUUGCACCAGCACUCUGCCUGGCUGGACAGGUGCUGCCCCCCUCUGGCAGAAAAGCGCACUGAUGGAUGACGACUCUGAUUUCUACGUUCCAGAGCUCAGGGAGUUCUUGACACCACCGGAUGAUGCCGUCUCAUUCGACACCUGCAACAAACCUGAGUCUUCUGUCCAGCCUGAGGGGAAAGGAACUCCCGUCAGAGAGAGCAGGGACUCCAUCCUACUAUCUUCUUCUAAGGUCACCUCCUGCUCCCCAGCUGCCUCCACCCCUGGGACGACGCAGCUCCCUGUGGGCAGCCAGACUCUGAAAGACCUGAUGGAGUUGACUGAAGAAGGCAUAACCCUCACACAGUAUGGAAAGACUGCCAAAGUUUCUGCAGACCAGCAGACAAACGCAGGUCUGUCCGCAAACAUCCGUCUGAGCGGUUUCAUCCCGGAGGAGGCAGCGGCGCAGGACGACCUCGGUGUUAGUGGCUUCGUGCCUGAAAUGGCAAACACCCACUCGAAGGACGCCCACGGGCCAGCAGAGAGGCUGGAUGAUCAGGCCAGAGCAGAUCACAACAGAGGCAGCCAUCAAUCGGCGGCGCUGUCCAGGCUGGCGUCUGACCUGAGCAGUAUGGUGAACAACCCUCAGCUCAGUGACGUGCAGCUCCAGGUGGACAGUGGAGAGGUGUACUUUGCACAUUCCUUCAUGGUGUACGCUCGCUGCCCCCUGCUGGCUGAAAUGGUGCAUGAAAGCGGAUUUGGCGUGCAGGAGGAAGGCAUGCCUGCCUCCCAGCGGGUGUUGAUGAGUGACGUCCCGGGCGAGGCGGUGUUCACUCUGCUGCGUUACCUCUACACAGCCCGCUGCUCCAUCCCAGCAUCACUGCGGCCCCAUGUCCUGGAGCUGGCAUCCAGGUUUGACUUGCAGGAGCUGCAGCAGCUUUGUCAGCUCCACCGAGAGGAGGCGGACGACGUGAACCAGGAGGAGAACGUCUGCACGCAAACAGACGAGGCUUUCACAGAGCUCCUCCGCUCCAUGUGGAACGACGGGGAGGAAGAUGGCGACGGGGUUCUUUCAGACGGAGGAAGGGAUGAAGAGAAUUGCCCUGAAGAGGACUGUCUAGCUGAAGAGGUCAUGACGAGGAAUGGAGAGAUUUGUGAGGAGCGUGUGAAUGAGGAAGAGCUGGAGGAGAUCUACGAGUUUGCCGCCACGCAGAGACAAAGGGAGGAAAAAGACAGCGAAGAGGAGGAGGAGGAGGAGGAGGAGGAGAGGGUAGAUGGGAAAGGAGACGAGGAAGCCGUAUUCACAAAACUGGCAGAACCCAAAAAUGGAAAAAGCCAACAGUCAAACUUUCAGCUUGAAACAAACCCCAGCCUCGAUCGCAGCUACAACCGCCUCUUCUCAGACUCAUGGGGGGUUUGUGAGGAAGGAGAACCCGUCUCCUCUGCCUCUACCUCUGGUCCACCAAAGACAGACCAUCCUCAGUCCCAGCAGCACAAGUCUCCUCCUAAACCAUCCUCUGAACUGUCUGCCAGAGCUUUGCUUCAGUCUUCAGCGAGCGCAGUCUACGACAUUUCCAUCAGCCCUACACACAGUGCGUCCAACCUUCCCUUCCCCGGCCUGUCCCCCGGUCUAGUGGAGACGGGAGAUGCUGUUGGACUGGACGUGCCUAAAGAGGGUUCGCCUUUGAAGCGUGAAAGCCAAGGUCCUCGUAGUAUUUGUGCCCCUCUUUCUCCUGAUACACCACAGAAAAAAGAGGAACCUGAGCUCAUAGUUUUGUCCGACUCUAGCGACGAGUUGGAGAUGGAGGUGGACGGUGCAGGUCUCAGUCCCCCGUGUCCUUUGCCACAUUCUCCCUGCUCCCCCCAGAAAAUACAAAGCUACACAGAGGUCAAAUCCAGGCGCAUUCAGUCACCUAUCAAACCUACUUCUGUGAAUAAGGAGUCCAUCAGCUUCCAGUUCAGUCCUGGUGAUCCACCUGAUUGUUCUCCAGAGGUUUCCUGGCUGAUCCCGUCCACGCCGCCGGUCCAGUCCACGAGGAGCGGCUCCACUCAGACCAAGAGCAGCAUGUGCAGGACGCAGCUCUUCCCUAAAGGUCGCAACUCCGCGCUGUCGUCUUCAGAUUUCUCUUCUCCUGCUUUACCGUUUAAGCUUCACACCUCCAGUAGCCCAGUUUGUGCCCACGUUGACCCAGCAGGGGGCCGCGUCUCCAGGUUGAGGCAGGACGGGACAGGUCUCAGUAGCUCCAGAUUGGAUCUCAGCGGUUCGCCUAAAAAAAGCUCCAGUUUUAAUUUAAGUAGGGAUAGAGAUGUGUUUGCAGUUCCUCUGUCACAACCUAAGCUUUCAAACCUCUCAGACUUGACUAACAGUACCCCUCUCCACCUGAAGCAGCAACCUUACAGCAGCACUCCCCUUCAUACAGAUCUCCACCAGCCUCCUGUCCUUUCACUUUCCUCUUCACUCAGCUCUGAUACUGACACCCACAAGCUGUCAGGUCAAAGGAGUGAGGGGGCCCCCUCAGAAAGCCUGGAGAAGACGGAGUCAGGGAGCUUUCAUCUCUCCCCUCUGUCCGGCCCUUCAGACCCACCCUCAUCUUCCUCUAACAGUGGUCUUCAAAGCUCAAAAAGGAAGUCCUCCAGUCAAAGUCCACGUUCUGUUCGGUCCAGCAGACACGACGACGCAGGAGUUAAGCUGAUGAGGAGAGAAGGAACAAACGAGGAAGGAGAAAGACACGCAGACUCCGGUGAUGAGGACAGGGGCGACAGAAGGCGGGAGGAAUCAAAAGGAGGAUCUGGAGAGGCAGACAAUGCAGAAUCCAGUUACAACCAAAGUUUCAUGGACGAGCCUCCCAUGGCGUUCAACGACUCGUGGGGCCUCGACGUCGGCGUGGAGGCCAACCCGGGACGCUUCAGUCUGAGGCUGGAGGACAGCGGACGCUCGAGCCAGCAAGAGCGGAGCCCGGGACAACGAGGACCAGCCAGGUCCUCAACGUCUCCCAUCACUCAACCUCCUCCACCCUCCAGUCACAGCGUCCGGACACUGAACAGCUGUAACGGCGCAGCAUGCCGCUCUUCACGUAAAGGUGACAGCCCACAAGCACAGACCAACCCCUCCUCCAGCCCCUCACCACCUGACCCCAACGCACGGGCCACACCAGAGGUGGACAACGGCCUCCUGGACUCCAAAAUAUGGGAGAGCUGGGAGGAGGAGGGAGAGGAGGAGGAGGCUCUUCCUCUCUUUCAGAGGGUGAACCCUUCCGUCCAGCGCAAAACCCCAGUGUCCUCACACAACAAAAGGAGACGCACCAUGGUGCCCAUCACUCCCAUGCCCCACUACUCUGACAUGGACACACCGGAGCUCAAGAACAAAGUCAGCAGGUUUGGUAUCCGGCCUCUACCGAAGCGCCAGAUGAUCCUUAAACUGAAGGAGAUCCACCAGUACACGCACCAGCUGGUCAGCUCGGACUCAGAGGAUGAGGCGCCGCCCGCAGCUCAGAUGAAGCCCCCUCCCGGCAGGACCACCUCCUGCGCCCAGACGGUGAAGUUUAAAGAACCCACAGCACCUGCUGUCCUGUCCCCCCUGAAACAGAGGAGAGAAGAGGAGGAGGCAGAGCCGCUGUCCGCCUCGCAGGGCUCCAACGCCUCCUCAACUGCCGCCAGCGAAGAAUCUGAAAGGUCAAACCCAGAGUUGUGCAUUUCCUCUGAAGGCGACUCGGACAGCGAUGGUGGCAUCUCGUGCUCCCAGGCAGCGUCCCGCCUCCAGGACCGCCUCCUGGCAGUGCGCUCCUUCAUCCUGUCCGACCCCGGCCUGUACAGUCAGAUCCUCCAGUACCAGCCCCUGGUCCUGUCCCAGCUUCAGCAGCGCCUCAAGGCGGCUGGGAUCCGCCUCGGUGCCGCCAAGCUCGUGGACUACCUGGACUCUCAGUGCAUCACCUUCACCACGGCCAAGCCGGGCCACUCCGCCCCCGGCCGCAGGCGAGCCAAGCAGACAAGAGCAGCCGGUGACAGAGGAGCGAGCAGGAAAAAAGCGGUUACAGCCUUAAUUUAAAACUUUAAAUUCAACAAAGACUUUUUUUAAAUGUAGAAACUGUGAAAGAUUUUACUUGAGUGCUUUGAACAUUCGUCUGAAAACAACUUUCAGGCACAUGAGACGGUUACAUUGUGUUGGACGUUGCCCGUUUGUUGAAAACGGGUUUAAAACCAUGUAAGUGUACGUUAUUUCGUCAGGACAGUUUGUGAUUUAAAUAAUUUGUUUUAAGAUGUUGCAUUUAAUAUGAAGUCCCACUGUGAAAAUAAUAAUAAAAAAGAAAGAUGUUUCUUUACUUUCUUA